AUGCCAGAUGGCAACGGUGAUCUCAACGAUUCAUGGGUGAAUGGUACAGACUGCUGCAAAUGGGAAGGCAUCAUCUGCAGCAGCGAUGGGACAGUCACAGAUGUCUUGCUAGCCGCCAGAGGUCUUAAAGGGGGCAUCUCGCCAUCCCUCGUCAAUCUUACAGGCUUGUUGCACCUAAACCUGUCCCAUAAUUCGCUCGAAGGCAGUCUACCAAUAGAAUUAGUUUUCUCCAGAAGCAUUAUUGGCCUCGAAGUCAGCUUCAACCACCUCAAAGGUCAUCUACAAGAGAUGCAAUCCUCAAACCCCAGCCUUCCUCUUCAGGUACUGAAUAUCUCAAGCAAUUCCUUCACAGGACAGUUCCCAUUAACAACAUGGAAGGUGACGAAGAAUCUGGUUGCUCUUAAUGCAAGCAAUAACAGCUUUACAGGACAAAUACCAUCUUCUAUCUGCAUCAAUGCCCCAUCAUUUGCGAUGCUUGAUCUCUCAUAUAACCAAUUCAGCGGCAAUAUUUCUCUGGGGCUUGGCAGUUGCUCUAUGCUGAGAGUGCUCAAAGUUGGCCACAACAACCUUACUGGAGCUCUCCCUGACGGACUCAUCAAUGCUACCUCACUGGAGCACAUCUCUUUAGCAAACAAUGAUUUGCAAGGAGUUCUUGAUGGUUCCCAUAUAUUCAAAUUAAGCAGUCUGACUGUCCUUGAUCUUGGAUCGGCUGGUCUCAGUGGCACGAUUCCAGCUUCUGUCGGCCAGCUAAGAAGAUUAAAGAAACUCUAG